AGUGCUAAUUUUUCCUUUUUAGUUCUCUUGGUCUUCUCAUCAAUCCAAUUUCGAGUAAGCAAUUCUCUCAUUUUUUGGGGUUCAAUUCCCCUUGUUAAGACCUUGAAGAACACUUUUAGCUCUGUUCUACAAUUCAAGACUAUAAGGCUUUAAGCAUGUUUUCUCUAUCUCUUGGUAUUGGGAAUUGAAAGCAUUUUAGAGGAAUAUACCUCAAAGACAUUGCAGUGAGUUGGUUCUCCACUUUUUUCCAGUAAGAUCAUUUAGUUGAUGGUGAACGAUCUUAGUUGAAGAUAUGAGUUUUCUUGCUACAAAAUAGUACGAUGUUUUGUCAGUGGUUAUCUUCUUCUUAUUCAUAGUUGAAGACAGAUGUGAGUAAAUGAGGCUCAAUCUCAAUUCAUCUUAUAUCGUAGUUCUACACAUGAGUUGAAAAGUCUCUCUUUUUGCUUCUCCGCGAAUUGACAUGGGAACACGAGAGGUAUACGAAGAAAAGCUGAAGAGAGGGAAUCUCCACCAUGAUCCUACAAUCAAACCUGGCCUUGGAUCUGCUAGAUGCCCUCGAUGUCUUUCGCUCUUGAACUCCAAUUCAAAAAGUGGAGAAUGGGUGAUUACUCCUGUUCUGCAUGAUUUCACGGCGGUGGCUGGCUCUGGAAUUGGUGGACUGCUCAGUGCAACUCAUGGUUUCAAUACAGGAAUUCCUUUCGUCCAGAGACAUGUGAAGGGUCCAAAAUGGCUUCCAUUUGUUAUAGGGCUUCCUCCACUACUCAUGUUCUCUGCAGCUAGUGCGGCGUUUGGAGGAUAUGCACUUCCAAGGUUUACUCAACUUACGAUGACUUCAUAUUACGCUGCUUCAAGUGCAUCACAUUACGGAAUAUCAUUGCUUACCAGACAUAUUGAGGAGGCCCAUACUUGUGGUGUUCAACGUGAAAGGCUCAGUUGAUUUGCGUAAACUCAGAGGCAAACUUUACUUCAAAUUUUGCAACAAAUUAUAUAUAAUUGGAGCAGUCGUUAAUUCAAAAGAUGCAUGUUGUGUUCUCUUUUGAUAAAAUAUAUAGUUUUUACUUUGUAAUGAUAGGAAUGUUUGAAAACACUUGUGUUUCUGCUGCUAUCUGAUGCUGAAUAGCCAAAAUGGCAUAGUUGUUGGAUCUUGUAUCUAAGUUCUUUGUAUUAGAACAAAAUGCCUUGUCAUUUAUUAAUUGUUGCAUCCUCA